AUGCCAACUGUCUCCACUGUCAAUCUCACGGCACCACUCCUCCUCCUGUUGCUAUGGGCAACCCACCCAACCAUGGCAACCAACUGGCUCUCCCUGGCCAGGCUGCCUCGCUCCAGGCCUGUGUCCGGUGCUGCCCCAUGUGCACGGCUGAGGGGACUGACCCCAGGGCAGGUGGGAGUGUGCAGAGCGCGGGGGGAGGUCAUGGAGUCCGUACGCAAGGCUGCAGAGAUGGUCAUAGAAGAGUGUCAGCACCAGUUCAGGAAUCGCCGUUGGAACUGUUCCACCACCCCACGUGGGAUCAAUGUAUUUGGCAGAGUCAUGAACCAAGGCACUCGUGAGGCGGCCUUUGUGCAUGCUUUGUCCUCAGCAGCUGUGGCAGUGGCUGUGACCCGAGCCUGCACCCGCGGGGAGCUGGAGAGGUGUGGCUGUGACAGGAAGGUCAGGGGGGUCAGCCCCGAGGGUUUCCAGUGGUCUGGGUGCAGUGACAACCUGUCCUAUGGGGUGGCUUUCUCCCAGACAUUUGUGGAUGAACCAGAACGAGCCAAGGGGCUGUCAGCAGGACGACCGCUUAUGAACCUCCAUAACAACGAGGCCGGCCGAAAGGCCAUCCUUCACAACAUGCAGGUAGAGUGUAAGUGUCAUGGAGUCUCUGGCUCUUGUGAGUUGAGGACUUGCUGGAAGGUCAUGCCUCCAUUCAGGCGUGUCGGCGUUGUGCUCAAGGAACGCUUUGAUGGAGCCACAGAGGUUCGCCUAACUCGUAUAGGCUCCAGGACAGCCCUGCUCCCCCGUGACCCCCAGGUCAAACCCCCUGCUGCCAGAGACCUUGUCUACCUUGCGCCCUCUCCAGAUUUCUGCCAUCUCGACCCUGACAACGGUAUCCCUGGGACUGCUGGUAGGAGAUGUAACGGAACCUCUCGGCUGGCGCCAGAUGGCUGUGAGCUGGUGUGUUGUGGGCCGGGAUACAGAGCAGGUCGGGCUGAGGUGGUGCAGCGCUGCUCUUGCAAGUUUUCCUGGUGCUGCUCAGUCCGCUGCCAGCAGUGCAAGAACACAGUCACUAUUCACACCUGCAGAGUGUAA